AUAGUCAUCAUUGAUAGUAUGCAAUGCAUAGUGUUAUUGGUUUCAAACACACGUGGUUUACAUUAUUUACAAAUUGAAUGGCAUUUAAAUUUCAAUUAUUUUCUUAAUUAUGUCCAAAAUUAGUCUCAAACAAAGUUUUGCCGUCAAAUCAAAAAUCGAUUCAUUUUUUACAUCAAAUAAAUUACAGAUCACUGGCGAUGGGAAAUAUAUCUUCAGCACGUGUUUGGAUGUACUUAAAGUAAUAGAUGUAAGCACUGGACAUGUAAUCAAAGAGAUUAAAUCGGAGACCGACGAUAAUAUAAUAGCAUUUGGUGUGAGCCGUAGCUCUCAUAUAGUAGUGAUCGGCCAUCAAAGCGGUCUUUUAAGACAAUGGAUUUGGUCAGAGCAGAGGUUGGAGCGGACGUGGAAAUCAAUACAUUCGGCACCUAUUGUUGAUAUCAUUUGCGAUCCCACCGAUACUUUGGUGGCCACCGCCGGUUCCGACUCGACAAUCAAAGUAUGGCAUUUGGGUCGCAAUUAUUGCACUCACAAUCUUCGUGGCGCUAAAGGUGUGAUCAGUUGUGUUGUAUUUUCGCCGACACAUUCAGAGGAGAGUUAUUAUAUUUACGGUGUGGGAGAUGACUAUAGUGUCCACGUUUGGGAUUUGGUCACAAGUAAACACGUGAAUCAAAUGGAUGGUCACUGCAGUAAAGUCACUGCUAUUAAGUUUAGUCUCGACGGUCAACAUAUAUUGACCGCCAGUCGCGAUAAACUUGUUAUAGUUUGGAGCGCUUCCGAUCACCAAAUGGUUCGGUCUAUACCUAUAUAUGAGUCUUUGGAGUCGAUUGAAGUGAUAGAUGGAUCCAAAAUAUCAGUGAUUAACUUAUUGGUAAACAACAAAAUCUUUGUAACUGCCGGAGAAAGAGGUGUCCUUCGGGUUUGGAAUUAUGGUUCGGGAGAUCUGUUAUAUACACAACAAAAUUCUUCAUUAGUUAUUAAAGAAGAAACUGAAGACAACGACGUUAUUAUUAAUAGUCGUUUAAUAACUCAAACACUUUAUUCCGAAGAGCUUUUACAACUUGUAGUGAUUUCGUCUGAAAAUAAUAUAUUGUUUCACAAAAUCGACGAUUUUUCAGUUGUUAAACAAUUUGUUGGACAUAUGGAUGAAGUUUUGGAUAUUAAGAUAUUGGGUAUCACUGAGAGUCAUAUAGCUAUUGCUACAAACAGUCCAAAUAUAAAGAUUUUUGAGUUAUCGACUUUAAACUGUGAUCUUCUGAAAGGACAUAAAGAUAUUGUUCUCUGUUUAGAAACAUUUAAAUCUGAUCCCAAUAUACUUCUCAGUUCAUCGAAAGAUAAUAGUAUCAGAAUUUGGAAGUUUUCCGAAACUUUUAUUGACAGACACUGUAUUUACUACGGCUCGGGUCACACCCAUUCCGUUACAUCGAUUGCCACUCCAUAUAUAAGUAAUAAUUUUUUUGUCAGCGGCAGUGAAGACACGACAUUAAAAGUUUGGAAAAUACCUAAAAAGACAUCUGAUUUAAUGCCUGAAAGUCCAACCUCACUGACCUCAAAGUUCACUCAAAAAGCUCACGAAAAGGAUGUCAAUACAGUUGCUGUAUCACCUAAUGAUCAGUUAAUAGCAAGUGGUUCACAGGAUAAAACAGCUAAAAUCUGGUCAGUCGAUGGACUUAAGCUAUUAGGAGUGAUGAGAGGUCACCGAAAAGGUAUUUGGAAUUUAAAGUUUUCACCAAUUGAUCAGAUAUUAGUAACGGCUUCAGCCGAUGCAACUAUCAAGAUAUGGGCUCUCAUCGAUUAUAGCUGUUUGAAAACAUUUGAAGGACACGACUGUUCAGUACUUAAGGUACUGUUUAUUGAUAGAGGAAUGCAAUUGAUAACGAGUGCCAGCGAUGGUAAUAUCAAGAUAUGGAAUAUUAAAGAUAAUGAGUGCGUCAAGACUUUAGACGCACACAAUGAUAAAGUUUGGGCUCUUGCGCUGACACAAACUCUUGAAGAAACACUUAUGAUAUCCGGAAGUUCUGAUUCUUCAAUCAUUAUAUGGCGAGACGUGACUGAAAAAGAAACUGAAGAAUUGGCGCUUCAAAAGGAAAGCCAAGUGGAGAGCGAACAAAAUCUAUUGAAUUGCAUGCAAAAGAAAAAUUGGUUAAAAGCUCUUAAGCUGGCCAUACGUCUCGAUCACCCAUUUCGAGCAUUGAAUAUAAUAAAAGAGAUUUUAAUUGAUAAUAAUGGUGUCAAUGAAAUAAAUGAAAUAUUUAUAAACCUAAGAGAAGAUCAAUUACUAAAACUUCUUGACUAUUCAGUUGUUUGGAAUACUAAUAGUAAGCAUUAUAUUGUGUCUCAAUGUGUCCUAAAAGCUAUUGUAGAGAAGAUAUCGCCUAAAGAUUUACUUAAGACUCAUGAUUUGAAACAAACAAUAGAAAAACUAUUGCCAUAUAAUGAAAAACAUUUGAAUCGAUUAAAUCGUUUGCAACAAUCUGUUACUUUUGUUGACUAUGUUUGGCAACAAAUUAAAUUACCGGAUUUGAAUGAUAAUAAAUCGCUAACUAUUGAUAAUAAUGAAGAUAUCGAAGAUAUUGAUGGUUCUCAUUAUGAUGUUGUAGCCAUUUCUGAUUCAGAUAAUGAAUCAAAUAAUUAA